GAUAAUCGAAUCCGAAACCCUCGUUUACAGGGUAAUUGGAAUCGACACGAUGCGAUCGAUGAAACCUGUACGCGAAGCUCGAAUCAUCGGACUCGUUUUGCGGUUCACUCAGCGGCCAGCAUUCAAAUUCACGCCAUGGCGAAGUGUGCCAAAAGUGAGGUUAGGUCGCCAAUGGUGUCGUAACGAACGAGUCACUUCACCAGGUUACGCGAAGUGACAAUUUAUACCUGUGACUCCUCUGCAGGAGACAAAUCCGAGGCGAUGGCUAAAUACCUGGCGCAGAUAAUCGUCCUGGGAACACAGGUCGUGGGUCGAGCAUUUGCGCGUGCUCUUCGUCAGGAAAUAUCGGCUAGCCAAGAGGCAGCUAAGAGAGCUGGCGGCGGUGCUCAAGGUAGAGAAAGAGCUGCCGCGAACGCCAGGACUGGUCUAACUUUGGAUGAGGCGCUGCGCAUCAUGAACAUGGAGAGUCUCAAGGACAAGGAAGCGUUGGAACGUAAUUACAAAUAUUUAAUGGAGGCUAACGACAAGUCGAAAGGUGGAUCGUUCUAUCUUCAGUCAAAAGUCUUCAGAGCCAAGGAACGCAUAGACGAAGAAUUGAAGAAUCAGGAACCACCUGGCCCUGACCCUCAUAAAAAAAGCAAAGAAACUUAGCCCAUUUAGCAUCUAGUCUUUCAAAUCUAUCGCUGUUAUGCCUGUAUAUAUUAAUUAAUAAUAAAUGGUAAUAGAUAUGUGA